AGAAAGAAUUGCCUUCAAUAAGCACCUUACCACUUCCCUCCUCUACACUGCAUUUAGCGAAACCGGAACAUGUGCUCCCCCUGACUCUAUUCUACGUAAGGGCAAGUCCCGAUUUAAACUCGAACUCAAAACUACCAUAUAUUCUCUUUAGGAGCAAGGCUUUGCUCGCAAUUUUAUAUCCCGUCUUCCCACUUUAAUUUUUCCGUAUUGUUUUUCACUUUGGCAUGGAAUCAUCGGCAUGUUACCAAUCGCGGUGCAAAAUGCCACCAAGACCUUCCGGUUGACUGCCCGCACUCGAGCUUCGAUAGACCAGGCUCGGGCGCUCGUAAGGCCGCCACAAGUUGCCUCGAGCCUCGUGAACAACGAAUACGCAAGCUUUGGUAGAGCUAGUAGACGGUGGACGCACUCAGCAAAAUGGAGGCCGGUACAGGUUUUGGAUGAAUGGGUAGUCAAAGAAGCUCGACCGAUCAGCCUGCGACAAUUGAUGGUCUUUGGCCGGUCGCUGACCGAGGCGCGGUUGAUCAGCUCUGCGAACUAUGUCCGGACCGAGCUGCCUACGAGAAUCGCCCAUAGAAUUCGCGAUAUGCAACGCCUUCCCUACGUAGUCGUGACGAACCCGCACAUUAGCGAUGUGUACGAGCUCUAUUAUACUGCUUUUGACUCAUUCCGGCGCAUUAAGGAGAUCAAGACGCUCGAGGAUAAUGAGCGCCUAUGUAAGGAAAUAGCUAAGAUGCUUCGCGCCCACUUAACUGUGAUUCCGAAGCUGGCUAUGGGUAUACUUGAAUGUAGUGGGUUGAUGCCCGCCGCCGAGCUCGACCAUUUCAUGAAUACCAUCCUACGCUCUCGAAUAUCCCGUAGAGUCAUCGCAGAGCAGCACCUAGCUCUAACAGAGACCUUCAACGCGGCCUGGUUCUCUCCCGGAGCUAAGCUCUCCGAGUCCGAAUUCAUCGGCGAGGUAUUCAUUAAGUGUAUAGCUAAGGACGUGAUCGAACACUGCGCCAAAGCCGUGCAGGAGCUUGCCCGCUCUGACAACGGCCCCAACACCAAAAUCCCCGAGAUCAAGGUUAAUGGGCACCUCGACGCAUCCUUCCCCUACAUCCUCAGCCACCUCGAGUACAUCAUCGGCGAACUCCUACGCAACUCCGUCGAAGCUGUCAUCGAAAAGCACCAACAAAGCCGAAAUCCGGCCUCUGAUCCCCCUCCCAUCGAAGUCACCGUCUGUGAGGCCCAGCAGCACGUUAUCAUCCGGAUAUCUGAUCAAGGGGGCGGUAUUCCGCGCGACACCCUUCCGUACCUGUGGUCCUUCGGCAAGGGACCCCGGAAGAACCAGCGCCUCGAGAACCUUGGCCAGGUCCCGUUAAUGGCCGCCACGCUACAGGAGCUCAAGGUAAACGACGGCAAGUUGGCCGUGCUGCAGAGCAACGAGCAUACGAACCUGCACGACAGUUCGCUGCACUCGCUGUCUACGCGCCCGCCUAACCUUCGUCUCGGCAUGGGGCUGCCGUUGAGUCGGGUCUACGCCGAAUAUUGGGCAGGAAGCUUGGAACUUCAUAGCCUAGAAGGGUAUGGCGUGGAUGCCUUUCUACAAAUUUCGAAACUGGGAAACAAGAACGAGCAACUGGCUACUAGAGCAGCGAUGGACGCUGUGUAGAUACAUGCACAAUACCAGUUGGUCUAUCAUACGUGGAUUAGAUAACCGCGUCCGUAAAUACGGUGACCUAAGUAGGAUAGUACCUAGUCUAAUGACUGGCACUCUUAAUUAGCUGGGAACGAUUGUCAAUUAAUGUAAUUUCAAGAGUGAAGCGAAUGAAGAAU